AUGGCUACUAUUGAAUCCUCAAAUGAAAGACGAGAGAAUCUUCUUCCAAAUGAAGUUCGAAAAAAUAAGGAAGAUAUUCAAUUGAUUUGGCUUGAUAGAAAAAUGAAUAAUUCAGAUGAUAAUCAUCUCACUCAAUCAAAGUUAAUCGAACUCAAUCCAGCUGUUCAAUUUUAUUCUCAUUUUGAUCGUUGCCUUGAUUUAAUCAAAUCAAUCAAAGACGAACAAAUCUUUCUUAUUGUUUCAGGUGGUUUUGCUGAACGUAUACUUUUACAAAUUCAUCAUUAUCGACCUCUCGUUGCUGUAUUUAUUUUUUGUUCUAAUCGUCAACGUUACACACCAUUAAUGAAAGAAUAUAAAAAAAUUAUUGGAAUAUAUACAAAGCAACCUAAUUUAUUAGAAUCAAUUCGCGAAAAAAUGAAUUUAAUUGUAAAACAAACAUUAACAUUUAAUCUUUCUGAUCAAAAGCAAAAAUCAGCAUCAUUUCUAUUACAUCAAAUGUUAAUUUAUGUUCUAAAACAAGCGCCACAAGAUGAACAAUCAAGAAAAGAAAUACUCGAUAUGUGUCGUGAUUAUUAUAAAAACAAUAAACAAGAAUUAGAGAAGAUUGAAGAAUUUCAAAAUAAUUAUACUCGUCACAAAGCAAUUGAAUGGUAUACAGAUAAAUGUUUUCUUUAUAAAUUAUUAAAUAAAGCAUUUCGAACAGAUGAUAUUGAAUUACUCUAUACUUUUCGAUUUUUUAUUAUUGAUUUAUGUUCAGCUAUUGAACAAGAAAAUUAUCAUUUCAAAAUUAAAGACACAUUGACGUUGUAUCGUGGAACACAAAUUCCGAAUGAAGAAUUAGAAAAACUAAAAGAAAACGUUGGUAAAACUAUUUCAAUAAAUGGAUUUUUAUCAACAUCACAAAGUAUCAGUUCUCAAUUCAAUGAUUUUAUAUUGAUUUUAUUUGAAAUUAAAGUGGAUCCAUUAUUAGAAAGAGUGGUUUAUGCUGAUGUUGGAAAUAGCAAUCGAAUAGAAGGUGAAGAAGAAGAAGUUCUAUUCAAUCUCAAUUCACUUUUUGAAAUCGUUUCUGUUUGUUUUGAUUCUAAACUUGGUGUAUGGAAAGUUGAAUUGAAUGCAAUUGAUGAAGAUGUAGAAAACGUUGAAGAAUAUCUUUCAUUAUCGAAACAACAGAUGGAAGAAUACACACCACUUAUUUAUUUUGGUAGACUUCUCUUAAAUGAAUUAGAUCAAGUAGAUCGUGCAGGAAAAUAUUUUGAUAUGUUAUUGAAAUCACUUCCACACGAUCAUCCUGAUAUUGCAGCUGUUUAUCAUAAUAUUGGUAUAGUACAUGAGAAGAAAGAUGAAUUGAAUUUGGCAUUGAAAAAUUAUGAGAUAGCUUAUGAAAUGCGUCAAAAACAAUUACCGUCAAAUCAUCCACACAUUGCUAGUUCACUCAACAAUAUUGGUCUUAUUUAUAAGGCAAAAGGUGAUUUUAAUACAGCACUUGAUUAUUUUCAAGAGGCUUUGAAAAUUGACGAAAAUUUAAAUUCAGAUGAUAAUCUACAAAAAGCAAUGAAAAUCGAAAAUAUUGGAAGAGUAUACACGGAUAGAGAAGAUUUCGAUACGGCUCUUACUUGUUUAUCUCAUGCUCUCGAGAUGUUCAAACAUGUUCUUCCUGAUCAACACUCUGAUAUAGCACGAUGUCUUGGUGGAAUAGGAUAUGCUCAUGAGAAGAAAGGUAAUUUAGAUGUUGCUCUGGAUUAUUAUCAACAACAAUUAAAUAUGGAAGAACAAUGUUUACCUUUCGAACAUUCAAAUCUUUCAAUUCAUCUCGGUUGGAUCAUUGAUAUUUAUAAAAAGAUGAAUAAGAUUGAUAAAGCAUUAGACUUAUGUGAACAAAAGCUUGCUAUUCAAAAAACAAGAUUAGAUGAAAAUCAUCCUCGUAUUGCUCGAACAUUAAUGAUUAUAGCUGAUUUAAUCGAAGAAGAUAAUCCAAAUCAAGCAUUACAAUAUUAUGAACAAGCUCUUUCUGCGUUGGAGAAAUGUACAUCAUCUGAUUAUCAAGUCACUUCUGAAUGUUUGACAUCAAUGGCUUGUUUAUAUUCUGUUUGUGAUAUGAUGGAAGAUGCAUUACGGUGUGAACUCAAAGCACUUGAACUUGAUCGUCAGACAUUAUCUUCUAAUCAUUCUAACAUCGCAAAUAGCUUAAGAAAUGUUGGUCUAUGUUAUGAAGAUAUGAAUAACUUAUCCGAAGCACUUCGUUAUUACAAUGAAAGUCUUACGAUCUAUCAAGCUAAUUAUGAAUCGGAACACGAAAUGGUGAAAGAAGGUGAAGCAAUCAUUGAUAGAUUGAAAGAUAAACAGUUACCACUAUCAUCUCGUAAAAAAAAGAAAACAACGAAGAAAAAAUCUCACUCUAUUGCAGAACUGUCAUCUGGUCGUUCAAAUCAUAAGAAAUAG